AACAUAGAGUGAUUAUUUAAAACAUGACAACUCUUACUUAGCUCGUUUAUCAUUUGCUUAUCUCACGCGAAGUGCCUUUCUAUCCUCUUUUAUUUCUACAGGAGAAAAACAUCCGCCCCCUGCUUCAUCAUCACACACUAGCUCAGGAAGAAAGAGAGGAGGCAGGAGUGUGUUCAUACAUCUGCAAUGGCCAUUGAGCUGCGCUCUGGUGUCAAAUAUGGCUCGUUUCUGUCACUCGCAGUGGUGUUGGUGGCGUAUUGGUUACGAUCUCCGGACAGCUCGGUUCUGGAUGAGAGGCUAGACAUGGUUCUGUCCUCAUUGCUGCGCGCGGAGCGGAAAGUGGGCAUGAACAGCGUGUCCAGACCGCGAGUGGCUAUAGGUUUUGGCGGCUGUGUUGAUAUCAUAGUUGAUGGAGUGACUCUGUUAAACAAAAUCGGUUUGAAGCCAACAGACCAGCCCCUCCACCAUGACUACAUAGAGAAUGCGGAGCAGCUGGCCCAGAGUUUCGCUUACUUUUUCUCCCCCGGAGCUGCUUCAGAGAGGUUUGUAAUGAAUGACACACUCUUCAGUGAACUGGUAGAGGCUUCUCGAGAGUUACCUGGAAACAGGUGGUCAAUAGGAGGAAAUGCACCUGUCAUGGCCAGCAGGAUGGCGCUGGAAGGAUGUGAUGUGCUUUUAGGUGGCAGUUUCAGCACCGAUUUUACUGAUAUCCUCUCACAGCGUAUAACAGUGGCUGGAAACACUGUGGAUGAGCCAGACAUCCACCUGAUUCUGGAGUACCCCACAGGUGCCACAUGGGGGCCGUACACCUCCCGAAGGGCCAACAGGUAUAUUGUCCAUAGUGAUGACCAUAAUCCAUAUUUGGACUCCAUGGAGCAAUUUCAGGAGAAGCUGAAUGGAUUCAAACCAGAUUUGCUUGUAGUAGGAGGGUUGCAGAUGAUGGACAACUUCCCUUUCAAAAAGGGAGAGCGUGAGGCUCUGCUGGGAAGACUGGCUGAGAUGUUGUCCUCCGCGUCCCCGCAGACCGCCGUCCAUUUCGAGAUGGCCAGCUUUGUGGACGAAAGUCUGAUGUCAGAUCUACUAGAUUUUGUUCUUCCUCACGCCGACUCUUUGGGCAUGAAUGAGCAAGAGCUGCCAAAUCUUUUGAGCCUUUUCCGCGGCAGCAAUUUAACCGUGCUUUCCGACCCCAACCCUCGUGUAGCUACGGUGCUGGACCAGAUGCGAGAACUCUACCGCCUGGUAAACCAGCGCCACCAUGAGGCGGGGACAGGUCGGCCCCUCACCCGCCUUCACGUUCACACCCUGGCUUUCCAGGCCAUCAUCGUCAAACGCGGCUCCCAGUGGAAGAACACCAUGUCGGCCACGGCCAAAGCCUCUCUGACUGCCAACCGGCACGUCUGCGGCUCGUCGGACAUCGAUCUCAGUAAAGCGCGGCUGAUUAUGGACGAAUCGUUCUCCAUUAGCAGGCGAGAAGGAAGUCAGAGAAUUCCGCUUCAGGAAUCUCGACCAGUUUCCUGCUGGGAUGAGGACGGCUAUGAGAUUUGCGUGGCUCCGGUGUUGGUGUGCACAGAGGUGUACCAGACUGCUGGAGGAGGAGACAACAUCUCUGCCGCUGGGCUCGUACUGCAGAUCUGAAUAUGAGAUGUCUUCAUCCCACAUGCUUGGGUUUUAUUUUGUGAAUUUUUUUUUUUUUUUUUUUUAAUUGCAUUAUUUUAUUUUUUGGAGGGGAAAAAAAACAUUGAAACACACCAAGUGCAAUACAAAUAUUGGGUCCAGCUUAUAUAAAGUUGGGUGAAUCUCACAAAACCUGUCAACAACGUGUCCACGUCUUAUUUCACCCUUGAAUCAAAAAAAAAAAAGAAAAAGAAAAAAAAGAAAUGCUUUUGCUUUUUUACAUUUGUUUUAUGUUGUUUAUAUUAUUUUUCAGUAUUAUUUACUUGACAACUAAGCACAUUUUAACUGCAAAUUCUAAUUACUGUUUCCUUUAAUUUUAAAUUGUACUACAGUUGUACUAUAUUAAAAAAAUACUGUAUUGUAUAAUAAUGAGAAUAUAACGAAAACCACAAAAAAAUAGUGUAAUGGAUGCAUUACAUAAAUGAAAAUCUGCUUAAUUGUCAUGAAAAUAAUGUCUUGAUGAGCUUUAAAAAAAUGUUCUUUAUGCAAAAUCUAAUUUCUCAUUUUUUUUACUUUUGAUUUUUGUGUGAAAUAUAAUCUGGACACUUUAUUGUAAGAUUCACGUAGUUAUCCCACCUGUAGGUUAUUUGUUUUCAGUUUAAUUUUUUUUUUUUUUUUUUAAAUAUCUUUAUUCUUAUCCAGAACCUUUUUGUGUCUUAAAAUGGCUUCGUAAUCAUUCACUUCAUGCACAUUAACCCAGCAGGGGCCAGUAAUCUUGAAAAAAUAUGCAGAAGAAUCUUUGAGCGCCCUGAGCUCUAUAUUUUAUGACUGAAAUUAAUCAAUGCAAAUGCACAAUAAUGUCAAGUGGAAACACAGAAGAAUUUAGCAUAAAUGAAGUGUAUCUUUAUUUGUCAUCCAUUAUUUUAUGCUUCACCUAUUUAAAGCGCAUGACUGUAUUUUUUUGCAUUCCAUAGCAUUAUUAUAUUCCACUUUAACAAGAAAUUGAGCAGUUACACAUCCUAAACAUUGAAACAAUCCGUUUUCCUCUCUAAUUUACAACGCAGUGAAACUUUGAAUUGAUGGAACAUGGCUUGAUUUUUAACUUUAGGGAAGGGAAAGUUUUUAAGAAGCCCGAUCAUGUUUCUGUGGGUGCAUGUAUUUCAUAAAACCCGUCAAGAACGUGUCAUACUUCACCCCAAAAUCAAAAGAAAGAAAUGGAUUAUAGUAAUUACAAUUGAGAAUAAUUGGAAUUUCAAACAAAAGUAAAACAUCUAUCCAUACUAUGUUGUGGUAAUACAAAUUUGCAAGGACAUUGUGGUUAAUUGUCAUGAAAAUAACAUCAUAAAGCAAGUCUUAAAGGAAAAUUUUAUUACUUUAAUUUAUUUUAUUCUAUUUUAUUUUCACCUGAAUACUUUAGUUAUGCUUGAGUUGUGUUUUAUCAAAUCUUGGAAUGGAUAUAGUAGCAAAAACCACUUAUUUCCUUAUGAAUGUGCAAAAACCACUUGUGUAUGUAUUUUCAGGAGGGGGAUUUGAAGAACUUUGCCGUAAUCGUAGUUGUGGGUGUCUCUUUUAACAGAUUCGGAAAUAUCUAAGCAAGUUCCGGCCCUGACUUCCUUUCAGUCACAUCUUCCUUCAGUCACCCUGAGUGCAAAUUAUUACCUACCUCCUGUGCCUAUGAAAAUAUCCAGCUUAACUGAUGUCCAUCAUGAUUAGGCCUAUAUUGUAUACCUGCGUUUAUUUACGUGUGGCGCAUGAGAGUGCUUGUCUAUGCUAGUGUAACCCGGUAUCAGACAUGAGACUGAUGUGAAAGAUGUCCCACCCUAUGAGAGAUAUCAGGGUGAUAUAUGAAAUAAGUCUCAGGGAUUACAGUAGCCUGGAUGUCUAUGAUCCACAACACUUGAGUUAGAACCAAUUUAGCUGUGACAGAGAGCAGCUGGUGUGAUUCUGGUCUGAGCCUUUAACAUACUGACCAACUGAUGGUCCAGUAGAUUUGAAGAAUCUUUAGUGUGAAAAAUAACAAUGGAAUGGAUACUUUUGUUGUGAAUGUGAUUCAUGUGUCGAUAAUAAGGGUCUGAAGCAAUUGUAGCAUUGGAAUUGUUUAUUAUGAAAUGGUGGUAGGAGUAUUGAGUGUUGUGCUGCAUCAACUGGAAAUGAGUUGUAAUGAAAUGCCUUUUUCUCUUUCCUUCUUUUGUCUUGGUCAUGUGUAGUCUGUCAGCAACAGCUGUUCUGAAGGGAAAAGAGUCAUUUUUGAGUGACUUCUUUGGAUUUGUAGCCUAUGUAAUAAAAUAUUACAUUCCA